AUGGGCUGUUGUAACCUCAAAGUGAACAAGCCUAAAAGUGAACUCAUUUUAUGUGUUUCUGAUGAGGUAUUUAGUGCCUCAAGUUUAGAGUACCUUCAGGAAAUUAUCAGUUCCUUGCCCAACAUAAUAAAUGAUAAAUAUGGAAGAAAGGUCUUGUUGUAUUUACUGAGGCCCAGAGAUCCUGCCCAUACAGUCCGAGAAAUCAUUGAAGUUCUGCAAAAAGGAGAUGGAAACGCUCACAGUAAGAAAGAUACAGAGAUCCGCCGUCGGGAGCUCUUGGAGUCCAUUUCUCCAGCUUUGUUAAGCUACCUGCAUGAACAUGCCCAAGAGGUGGUGUUAGAUAAGUCUGCAUGUGUGCUAGUGUCCAACAUUCUGGGGUCUGUCACUGGAGAUGUUCAGCCUGCCAUGGAUGUCAUCGCUAGCUUGGCAGCAGCAGAACUACAUCCGGGUGGCAAGGAUGGAAAGCUUCAUGUUGCCGAACAUCCUGCAGGACAUCUUGUUCUGAAGUGGUUAAUAGAGCAAGAUAAAAAGAUGAAAGAAAAUGGGAGAGAAGGUUGUUUUGCAAAAACACUUGUAAAACAUGUUGGUAUGAAGAACUUGAAGUCCUGGGUUAGUGUAAAUCGAGGUGCAAUUAUUCUUUCCAGCCUUCUUCAAAGUUCUGAACAAGAAGUUGCAAACAAAGUCAAAGCUGGACUGAAAAGCCUGAUUCCCACAUUGGAAAAAAACAAAAACACCAGCAAAGGAAUAGAAACUCUGCUGGAAAAACUGACUACAUAGAUGGAAACAGAACAGAUUCAUUCAGUUUUCCCAUUCUCUGUUCUGUUUUUCUGGUUCAGAAAAGGACAUGGUCCACUUUACUGGUAAUCUGCAA